AUGGACGAGGAUAUAGUAUUACUGGAGGAUUCUAGCGUGGAACUGUCCACCGGUUCCUAUGCAGGGACAACAACAGCUUCUACAUUCGAUCCUGUUACAAUCGUAACGCAACUUAUAACCGAAUCCACCAAACUACUGACCACUGCAGCAGUUGAGACUACCUCUAGUAUAAUGUCCACCAUAUCCAGUACGCCAACUACGGUAGUCAUGGAAUCGUCCACGAUCGUAAUGGAUUCAACUGCGAUAUCGGAUGCCUCAUCGAUUACAACAACUGAGAGCAUCCUUACCAGCAGCACAGCGCCAUCACCAAUCACCGAGACACUUCUAUUCUCCUGGUUUGACUAUACGAUCUUCGCGCUGCUUCUACUACUCUCCACAUUUAUUGGAGUUUACUUCGGAUUUCUAUCGAAGAUCAAGCAGAACAACAAGAAGGAAUAUCUUCUGGGUGGUAAAACGAUGAACAAAUUCCCCGUGUCGGCUUCCCUUAUUGCAAGUCAUAUUUCGGGGAUCACAAUGCUAGGAGUACCGUCUGAAAUGUACAGUCACGGGACGCAGUACUGGAUGUUCAUAAUUCCAGCCUUUACGGUUGCGCUCCUAAUGAAAUCAAUCUAUCUGCCAGUUUUCUACGACCUCCAAGUAACUUCCGCCUUCACCUAUCUCGAGCUGCGCUUUGACAAGUUCGUUCGAUCGGCUGCAAGUUUGGUGUACGCGGUUCAGUGCAUCAUCUACAUCCCGAUUGUGAUUUACGUUCCAGCGCUCGCUUUCAGUCAGGUAACGGGCAUUAAUCUACACGUAAUCACACCGAUUAUCUGUGUGAUCUGUAUCUUCUACACUACCGUUGGUGGACUGAGAGCUGUUGUCUGGACCGAUACCCUACAGUUCGUGCUCAUGAUCGGAGCUUGUAUAGCUGUGAUCGUACUAGGCAUUAGUUCUGUUGGUGGAUUCAUGGAGGUUUGGGAAGCGGCUGAUCGUGGAAAGCGACUUGUCUUCUUCAAUAUGGAUCCGGACCCCUUUGUUCGCACAUCGUUCUGGACGGUCUGUCUAGGACUCACAACUCUCUGGGUCUCUAACCUAGCCGUAAAUCAGGGUUGCGUUCAACGAUUCCUCGCCGUCCCGGAUCUUCGUGUAGCCAAAAACUCACUCAUCAUCUUUACCGGGGGUCUUAUCUUCGUGAAGAGUUGCUCGUGCUUUAUCGGACUUCUGAUCUAUGCCAAGUACGAAACCUGCGACCCGUUCUCCAUAAAGAAGAUCUCCAAAAUUGAUCAAAUUCUACCGUACUACAUUAUGGACGUUGGCACGAAGAUUCCAGGACUUCCGGGGCUUUUCGUGUCCGGAAUCUUCUCUGCUGCUCUGUCGACGAUGUCCUCGGUACUGAAUACCCUGGCGGGUACUAUAUACGAAGACUUCAUCCACCAUCGUAUGCCGAAUGCAAGCGAGAAGAAGGCAAGCAACAUCAUGAAGAUGUUGGUAGUCCUACUCGGAUUCUUGGUGCUUGGACUCGUGUUCGUUGCCGAACGAAUGGGACAGGUGAUGCACAUUGCCAUUGCGUCCUCGGGUGUAACAUCCGGUACGAUGUUGGGGAUGUUCUCGGCUGGUAUGAUUUCGCGGCGCAUCAACACAAAAGGUAUUAUCAGUGCGGCGGUUGUUUCAAUGGCUAUCACCGGUACGGUAAUGACGGGUGCUCAACUAAACCCGAAACCACCGAUGCUUCCACUGCGGACCGAUGGAUGUGAUGGGGACAUACUCACCAAUGUAACUACGAUUCUAACUGAAACUGUGGCGCAAACUGUAGAGACGGAUACAGUUCCACUAAUCUUUAAGCUAAGCUUUAUGCACUACUCGCUUUUGGGGUUGAUUAGCUUCUUCAUUGUGUCGUUCGUUGUGAGUUAUCUGACCGGUGGUGGGGACAUUAACGACGAACGGUUGCUUGCACCCUUUCUACGCAACACGGACAAGCUGGAGAAGGAGAUGACACAGCUGAAGCACAACAUCAAGUAUGAGGAUAUCGGUUCGGCGCUACGAGAGCUACAAAAAUCGUCUGAUUUGGAGAAAAAAUGA